ACAACAAGCACAGAGGCUGCUCCUCCCACAACAAGCACAGAGGCUUCAACAACAUCCACAGAGGCUGCCACCACAACAACAGAGCCAGCCGAAACUACUACAGCUCCUCCCACAACAACCACAGCUCGUCCCACAACAACCACAGAGGCUGCCACAACAACCUUGACUGUUCCAACAACAACAGCUGCCACCACAACAACCACAGAGUCGGCCUCAAAAACCACAGAGGCAGCCACAACAACCUUGUCUGUUCCCACAACAACCACAGAGGCUGCCAAAAGUACCACAGCUCCUCCCACAGCAACCACAGCUUCUCCCACAACAACCAUAGCUCCUCCCACAACAACCACAGAGGCUGCCACAACAGCUACAGCUGCUGCCACAACAGCUACAGCUGCUGCCACAACAGCUACAGCUGCUGCCACAACAGCUACAGCUGCUGCCACAACAACUGACGCUCCCACACUAGUCACAGCUGCUGCUAAAUCAACCACAGCUGCUCCAGCUGUAACAAUAGAGGCUGCCACUACAACCACAACUACCACAACUCCUACUUCAGCAAUAACAUAUGCUUCCACAACAAAUUUGUCUGCUCCUACAACAAACGCUGCUGCCACAACAAUCACAGCUACUCCCAUGAUACCCACAGAGGCUAGCACGAGAACCACAGCUAUUACCACAACUACCAAAGAACCUCCCACACCAACCACAGCUAUUUACACAACAACCACAUUUAUGCCCACAUCAACCACAGAGGUUAGCACAACAAAUACAGCUGCUUCCACAACAACUACUACUUCUCGCACUAUCAGCACAUAUGAUGCAACAACAACCACCAUGAAUCCUACAGUAAUAGCUUCUUUGACACCAGCCACUGCUGCAUCAACAACAACUACCACUGCUCCCAGAACAAUCUCAGAUGCUACCACAACAGUCACUGCUGCUGCCACAAUAAUUUCAGCUGCUCCCACAACAAACAAAGCUGCAGCCACACAAACUACAACCAUCCCCGCAAAGAACGUAUCUGUUUCCACAUCAACCACAACUACAAUGGCUGCUUCAACAACUACAUAUUCUAUAGCUUCAGUGACAUCUACAAUGAAAUCGGGCACAGUGUUGGUUUUGGUUAGACUCACGUUCCAAGUCAACAAAUCCGUCCCCACUGCGGAAGAAGUCCUUGGGGCUGUUAAAAACCACCUUUCCAAUCAAUUCCUCCCACAAACCUACUUGGACAAUGCUAAUUAUAUCACACUUGCAAACAACUCAUUUGCCAUUGAACUUGCAUUCCAAAUUACCAAUGUAACCUUGGAGGAGACAGUGAGCCCAAAUGGUGCACUUACCUUCACCAGUGAGACUUACAACCAGAUACAGGAUUCAAUUGACAGCCUACUCUAUAAUAUUGUCAGUAAACCAGAGGGAAAACAAUUUGACCUUCCCAACGCCACGUUCACUGUUGUCAGCAAUCAAAUCAGUGCAGGUGUGGUGUAUGCAUACAACAGUGCUGACAUCAACCUUCCGAGUGCCUUUUUAGAGGAUGUUCUACAAGUGUCAGGUCUGGUGAUGAGCACCAUUGCCCCAACAACCACAGCUGCUGCCACAACAGCCACAUCUACAGCGAUGUCUACAACCAAAUCGGGCACAGUGUUGGUUUUGGUUAGACUCACGUUCCAAGUCAACAAAUCCGUCCCCACUGCGGAAGAAGUCCUUGGGGCUGUUAAAAACCACCUUUCCAAUCAAAUCCUCCCACAAACCUACUUGGACAAUGCUAAGUAUAUCACACUUGCAAACAACUCAUUUGCCAUUGAACUUGCAUUCCAAAUUACCAAUGUAACCUUGGAGGAGACAGUGAGCCCAAAUGGUGCACUUACCUUCACCAGUGAGACUUACAACCAGAUACAGGAUUCAAUUGACAGCCUACUCUAUAAUAUUGUCAGUAAACCAGAGGGAAAACAAUUUGACCUUCCCAACGCCACGUUCACUGUUGUCAGCAAUCAAAUCAGUGCAGGUGUGGUGUAUGCAUACAACAGUGCUGACAUCAACCUUCCGAGUGCCUUUUUAGAGGAUGUUCUACAAGUGUCAGGUCUGGUGAUGAGCACCAUUGCCCCAACAACCACAGCUGCUGCCACAACAGCCACAUCUACAGCGAUGUCUACAACCAAAUCGGGCACAGUGUUGGUUUUGGUUAGACUCACGUUCCAAGUCAACAAAUCCGUCCCCACUGCGGAAGAAGUCCUUGGGGCUGUUAAAAACCACCUUUCCAAUCAAAUCCUCCCACAAACCUACUUGGACAAUGCUAAGUAUAUCACACUUGCAAACAACUCAUUUGCCAUUGAACUUGCAUUCCAAAUUACCAAUGUAACCUUGGAGGAGACAGUGAGCCCAAAUGGUGCACUUACCUUCACCAGUGAGACUUACAACCAGAUACAGGAUUCAAUUGACAGCCUACUCUAUAAUAUUGUCAGUAAACCAGAGGGAAAACAAUUUGACCUUCCCAACGCCACGUUCACUGUUGUCAGCAAUCAAAUCAGUGCAGGUGUGGUGUAUGCAUACAACAGUGCUGACAUCAACCUUCCGAGUGCCUUUUUAGAGGAUGUUCUACAAGUGUCAGGUCUGGUGAUGAGCACCAUUGCCCCAACAAUCACAGCUGCUGCCACAACAGCCACAUCUACAGCGAUGUCUACAACCAAAUCGGGCACAGUGUUGGUUUUGGUUAGACUCACGUUCCAAGUCAACAAAUCCGUCCCCACUGCGGAAGAAGUCCUUGGGGCUGUUAAAAACCACCUUUCCAAUCAAAUCCUCCCACAAACCUACUUGGACAAUGCUAAGUAUAUCACACUUGCAAACAACUCAUUUGCCAUUGAACUUGCAUUCCAAAUUACCAAUGUAACCUUGGAGGAGACAGUGAGCCCAAAUGGUGCACUUACCUUCACCAGUGAGACUUACAACCAGAUACAGGAUUCAAUUGACAGCCUACUCUAUAAUAUUGUCAGUAAACCAGAGGGAAAACAAUUUGACCUUCCCAACGCCACGUUCACUGUUGUCAGCAAUCAAAUCAGUGCAGGUGUGGUGUAUGCAUACAACAGUGCUGACAUCAACCUUCCGAGUGCCUUUUUAGAGGAUGUUCUACAAGUGUCAGGUCUGGUGAUGAGCACCAUUGCCCCAACAAUCACAGCUGCUGCCACAACAGCCACAUCUACAGCGAUGUCUACAACCAAAUCGGGCACAGUGUUGGUUUUGGUUAGACUCACGUUCCAAGUCAACAAAUCCGUCCCCACUGCGGAAGAAGUCCUUGGGGCUGUUAAAAACCACCUUUCCAAUCAAAUCCUCCCACAAACCUACUUGGACAAUGCUAAGUAUAUCACACUUGCAAACAACUCAUUUGCCAUUGAACUUGCAUUCCAAAUUACCAAUGUAACCUUGGAGGAGACAGUGAGCCCAAAUGGUGCACUUACCUUCACCAGUGAGACUUACAACCAGAUACAGGAUUCAAUUGACAGCCUACUCUAUAAUGUUGUCAGUAAACCAGAGGGAAAACAAUAUGACCUUCCCAACGCCACGUUCACUGUUGUCAGCAAUCAAAUCAGUGCAGGUGUGGUGUAUGCAUACAACAGCGCUGACAUCAACCUUCCGAGUGCCUUUUUAGAGGAUGUUCUACAAGUGUCAGGUAUCAUGACAAGCACCACUGCCCCAACAACUACAACUGUUUCCACAACAACCACAGCUUCUGCCUUCACAACCAAUUUUACAGCUUCAGUGAUGCCUAUAACUACAUCGGGCACUGUGGUGGUUUUUGUGAGACUGCUGUUCCAGCUCAACACACCUGUCCCCAAUAAGGAUGUUAUCAUUGGGAUCAUCAACAAGCAAUUAUUUAAUCAAAUCAGGACUGUCACUCUAGCCACCUUAAAGAAUGCAACUUAUAUCCAACUUACAAAUACUUCAUUUGCCAUUGACCUUGGUUACCAAAUAACCAAUGUAACCAUGGUGGCGACACUAAGUCAAAAUGAUACAAUUACUUUCACCAAUGACACCUACAACCAGAUACAAGUUUCAGUUGAAAAUCUACUCCAUAAUAUUGUCAGUCAACCGGAGGGUAAAUUGUUUACCUUUCCCAAUGCCAGAUUCACUGUGGUUGGCAAUCAAAUUAUGGCAGACGUGAUGUAUGUAUACAACGAGGCAGACAACAACCUUCCUAGUGCCUUUUUACAGGACAUUUUAACAGUUUCAGGUAUCAUGACAAGCACCACUGCCCCAACAACUACAGCUGUUUCCACAACAACCACAGCUUCUGCCUUCACAACCAAUUCUACAGCUUCAGUGAUGCCUAUAACUACAUCGGGCACUGUGGUGGUUUUUGUGAGACUGCUGUUCCAGCUCAACAAACCUGUCCCCAAUAAGGAUGUUAUCAUUGGGAUCAUCAACAAGCAAUUAUUUAAACAAAUCAGGACUGUCACUCUAGCCACCUUAAAGAAUGCAACUUAUAUCCAACUUACAAAUACUUCAUUUGCCAUUGACCUUGGUUACCAAAUAACCAAUGUAACCAUGGUGGCGACACUAAGUCAAAAUGAUACAAUUACUUUCACCAAUGACACCUACAACCAGAUACAAGUUUCAGUUGACAAUCUACUCCAUAAUAUUGUCAGUCAACCGGAGGGUAAAUUGUUUACCUUUCCCAAUGCCAGAUUCACUGUGGUUGGCAAUCAAAUUAUGGCAGACGUGAUGUAUGUAUACAACGAGGCAGACAACAACCUUCCUAGUGCCUUUUUACAGGACAUUUUAACAGUUUCAGGUUUGCUGACAACCACCGCUGCCCCAACAACUACAACCAGCACUACACCACUUCCUACCCUUUUACUGACCACUUUUUUCAGUACCACAAGUGGCGGAGGUUUUCCUGGCUGGGCUCUGGCCAUUAUCAUUCCUUGUGGCAUUGCUAUCAUUCUUAUUCCCCUAUGGAUUCUGCUAGCAUGCAUGCUAUGUGGCUGUUGUGCUGCCAUUAGGAGACGCUGGCACAGACGCAGAUCUUACAAUGUACAGUACACCACCAGAAACGGACUAUUCUGAAAGGACAAGUCAUAGAAGAAUAGCCCGUCAUCUCUCUUUUUAUCAUCACAUUAAUUACUGUUUCACUUAAAAGAUAAAGCAUUGACUGGCUUAAAUUUUUAUAUUUUCUAUGUGGUUCCAAAUGCACUACUUUUUAUAAUAAAUAUCUGAUUUGAAUCAGCUGGAUAGGGUAUAUUUAUGUAUUUAUUUAGUGAUUUAUGUGUUCAAGCUGUGCUGUCCACUGAUUCAAAUUAUAGUUUAUAU